GGCAGAUGUUUUUGAAAGAUGUCCUAUACAAUUUUGGGAAUAAAAGUACAGUCAAAGGAUUUGCUGCUGAAGGUAUCCUCCCUUUGUCUAGAAAGCUUGUCUUUUACCUGCCUAGUGCUGUUUUGUGUGAGUGAGAGAGUAAAGGAGAAAAUUUUGAACUUUGAAGAAAGCAAGAAAAAGAAAGAGUGUGUUUUGUUCUUGUUCUUUGGAAACUCCAUAGAGAAAAUAGCGAAGAGAGGUAAAGCAAGAAAAUAUCAAGAACCAGAAAUUACAAGCUCAGCUCAAGUACAGCAAGAAACAAUUAGGGGAGGAGUUAUGAGGAUGAAACAAGAACCCAGAUUAGAGGCUCCUUCAGGUUUUGUGCCUUCACCAUCCCGUCCUCAAACUCGCACUUAUUUGAAGGCAAUCAUGGAUAAUUGUAAGUUUAGGACUGCUACGCUAAGGUCUCCAGUUCGAAAUGUUAAGUACUUGUAGUGAGUUUCCUGCUCAUCUUAUCACUGGAACCUCUCGUACAACAAAAGAAAAGGUUCAUGACUCCGUGCAUCAAUCUAUCCUAACAAAGCAUGGUCCCUUGGGUGUUGGAAAUCAGAAACAGGGGCAACACACUCAAACAGCUCCUUCUUACCCUGAAGUUGUAGUCGAGAACAGUGCAACAGUAAGCAAGGCUGUUGCUGUGUCCAAUGCUAAUGCCAGAGAACCAGAAACCAGAAGUGGCCAGAGUGGUGCGCGUCCAACAAAAUCCAUGAGUCUCAACCUCACAAGGAUAGCUGCACUUGUGAAUGACUAUUCAUCUGACGAUGAGAUUGAAUCAAGACCCGAUGACCUGUCAGUCAUGGUUAAUGGGUAUAAAGUUAAAACGGAAACAGCACCUGUCCUGGAGAAGAUCUUCCAUAAGUACGGAGAUAUUGCGAGGAAUAGCUCUGUCACUUCAGUGAAGUUCUCUUCAUCAGUCCUGGAAUUGGUUUGCGACAUCUAUAACAAAUUGGAGGCAACAAAUUUGCAAAGCAUAAGCUCCACAGAACUCCAAUCUAUGCUUGCCGAAGCUCGAGAUCUUGAGUCUGUCAAAGUAGCUGUCGGGUGGCUCCGUCUAAGGUUGAAUGAUAUCUCCCAAGCCAAGCAACUUCUCCAGGACAGUAGCAAACUGAAGGAGGCAAAAACCAGGAACCUUGUAGUUAUGGAGAUGAACAAGAAGGGACUGGAAGAAUUGGAGGAUCAGUUGGCCACUUGCACUGCAACAUGUCGUGCUUUGCAAGAAAGAAUCCGCCAAAAAAAGGAUGAGUGUGGCAUUGCCCGUUCUGAGAACUAAAAGAUCAUGCAGGACUUCACAAAUUCGAAGGCUAAGGUGGAAGGUUUCGUCAAGAAGUCCUUGGUCCAUGACCUUCUUUGAGCAGCCUGGUGUUUUUGUGGUUGUUUUAUCUUAGUUUUUAGUUCCACAAGUAGUAUAGUAAGCAGAUUCGAUAGGAAGUUAUAGUAUUAGAAAAGGGCGGACUAGAAGUUCAUCAUAUAUAGUAAUG